AAAACUGUCACACGUGUAUCCUCGCCUCAGUUAAAGCCUACUGCACCGCUCCGACUCCCUGCUUUUCCAAUUUAUUUCGCUCCUUGUUUCCCUCACGAUGGAAGGGAGGUGAUUCUCCUCGCCGCCAUUUUUAGAGGAACUGCCUAUCGAAGAGAGAAACUUUGCUAGCUACUGCCCGAACGUUAGCGGCUAGCUAGUUGGCCAGUAGCUUGCCUGCCUGCCAGUCCUCUGUGACAGUUAACGCUUGACAGUCGUUAGCCAGGUCAGCUUGCCUCACGUUGAUUUAAAUUAUUCCUGCGGCCGAACAGCAUACAUGACAAAGACAGCGGUUAUUUCUACAGUUAACAGUUUAGCUGGACCUGGAGUCAGUGUGUCCGUCUAUUUGGGUAGGGCAAAUGUGCGGUUAUAUUAGCGAAUUAGCAUUGCUAACUUAUUAGCUAGCGAGUUCACACUUUGAUUUCUCCCGGACUGCAUUGACUGCAUCGUCUGUGAUUUAGCGUCAGCCAGGGUGACUGGAUUAAUCAGCCGUUCAUACCCCACUUCUCAACCUGUGUGGCUUCAUUUCAACCAGGUGCCCAUGUGGUUCCUUAGGCCCAUCCAUUACUGCAGAUGAAUCUUCAGCUGCUUUUGCGUCGCUCAGCACCCAGAUAGUCCCAUCCCCUUUGCGUGGGUGAUAAGGGACUACAUUAACCAGGAUGCCCUCCUCUGUAAGGGCAGGGAGCCUGAAGGAUCCGGAGGUGGCUGAGCUUUUCUUCAAAGAAGACCCAGAGAAGCUUUUCUCUGACCUCCGAGAGAUCGGCCAUGGCAGCUUCGGCGCGGUCUACUUUGCACGGGAUAUACGCACAAAUGAGGUGGUGGCAAUUAAAAAGAUGUCCUACAGUGGCAAACAGUCUAAUGAGAAAUGGCAGGACAUUAUAAAGGAGGUGAAGUUCCUCCAGAGGAUCCGGCACCCAAACAGUAUAGAAUACAAAGGUUGUUACCUCCGUGAGCACACAGCAUGGCUGGUGAUGGAGUACUGUCUCGGCUCAGCCUCCGAUCUGCUAGAAGUUCAUAAAAAACCUUUACAAGAAGUCGAGAUAGCUGCCAUUACACAUGGUGCUCUACAGGGGCUGGCCUACCUUCAUUCCCACAAUAUGAUCCACAGGGAUGUGAAGGCAGGUAACAUUCUACUGACUGAGCCUGGGCAGGUCAAACUGGCAGACUUUGGCUCCGCCUCCAUUGCCUCACCUGCCAACUCCUUUGUGGGAACGCCAUAUUGGAUGGCCCCAGAGGUGAUUCUAGCUAUGGACGAGGGCCAGUAUGAUGGGAAGGUGGAUAUCUGGUCUUUAGGGAUCACCUGUAUAGAAUUAGCUGAGAGGAAGCCUCCCUUGUUUAACAUGAAUGCAAUGAGUGCCUUAUACCACAUAGCGCAGAAUGAGAGCCCCACACUGCAAUCCAGUGAAUGGACGGAGUACUUUAGAAACUUUAUCGAUUCUUGCCUUCAGAAAAUCCCCCAGGACAGACCACACUCUGACGACAUGCUAGGUCAUGCGUUUCUGCAGCGUGAACGUCCAGACUCUGUGCUGAUGGAUCUCAUUCAGAGGACCAAGGAUGCAGUGCGAGAGCUGGACAACCUGCAGUACCGCAAGAUGAAGAAGAUCCUCCUUCAGGAGGCCCACAAUGGCCCCACAGCAGAAGCCCAGGAUGGAGACGAGGAGCUGGAGCCGGGCGGAGGUCGGACAGGAACAGUGAACAGUGUCGGCAGUAAUCAGUCCAUCCCCAGCAUGUCCAUCAGCGCCAGCUCCCAGAGCAGCUCUGUCAACAGUCUGAAUGAGGCGGCCCAGGACAGCCGCAGUGAGCUGGACCUGAUGGAGGGAGACCACACUGUCAUGUCCAACAGCUCUGUCAUACACCUCAAACCGGAGGAAGAGGAGAGUUUCUCUGGGGAUCAGGCAGCCAGCAGUCAACCCUCUGAGCCCCAGCCAACACCACCUCAGGCCCCGAGGAAGCACUACCGCAACAGAGAGCACUUUGCCACCAUACGCACAGCGUCACUCGUGACCCGUGAGAUGCAGGAACACGAGCAGGACUCUGAGCUGCGGGAGCAGAUGUCGGGAUACAAGCGCAUGAGGCGGCAACAUCAGAAGCACCUGAUGGGCUUGGAGAACAAGCUGAAAGGGGAGAUGGAUGAGCACAGGCUGAGGCUGGACAAAGAGCUGGAGAGUCAGAGGAACAACUUCACUCAGGAGAUGGAGAAGCUGCUGAAGAAACACCAGGCAGCCCUUGACAAAGAUCUGAAGACGUUUACCAACGAUGAAAAGAAGUUCCAGCAGCACAUCCAGGUGCAGCAGAAGAAGGAGCUCAGCAGCUUCCUGGAGUCACAGAAGAGGGAGUAUAAACUGCGCAAGGAGCAGCUCAAAGAGGAACUGAGCGAGAACCAGUCAACUCCUAAGAAGGAGAAGCAGGAGUGGCUGUCCAAGCAGAAGGAGAACAUCCAGCACUUCCAGGCGGAGGAGGAGGCCAACCUGCUGAGGAGACAGAGGCAGUACCUGGAGCUAGAGUGUCGAAGGUUUAAACGCAGGAUCCUCAUCGCCAGACACAAUGUGGAGCAGGAUCUGGCCAGAGAGGAGUUGAACAAAAGGCAGACACAGAAGGACCUGGAGCAUGCCAUGCUGCUCAGACAUCACGAGUCGAUGCAGGAGCUGGAGUUUAGGCACCUGGGGACAAUCCAGAAGGCGCGGGCAGAGCUGAUCCGGACCCAGCACCAGACAGAACUCACCAACCAGCUGGAGUACAAUAAAAGGAGGGAGAGGGAGCUGAGGCGCAAGCAUGUCAUGGAGGUCCGACAGCAGCCCAAGAGCCUCAAGUCUAAAGAGCUUCAGAUCAAGAAGCAGUUCCAGGAGACUUGUAAAACUCAGACCAGGCAGUACAAGGCCCUCAGGAACCAUCUGCUGGAGACCACGCCCAAGUCCGAUCACAAGGCCGUGCUCAAGAGACUGAAGGAGGAGCAGACCAGAAAGCUGGCCAUCCUGGCCGAGCAGUACGACCACUCCAUCAAUGAAAUGCUCUCCACGCAGGCUCUGAGGUUAGACGAGGCUCAAGAGGGGGAGUGUCAGGUUCUGAGGAUGCAGCUGCAGCAGGAGCUGGAGCUCCUCAACGCGUACCAGAGCAAGAUCAAGAUGCAAACAGACGCUCAGCACGACAAGGAGAGGAGGGAGCUGGAGCAGAGGGUCUCUCUGCGGAGGGCUCUGCUGGAGCAGAAGAUUGAGGAGGAAAUGCUCGCGCUGCAGAAUGAGCGCCUGGAGCGAAUCCGCUCACUGCUGGAGCGCCAGGCCCGAGAGAUCGAGGCUUUUGACUCGGAGUCCAUGCGGCUGGGCUUCAGCAACAUGGUGCUCACUAACCUGGCCCCCGACUCCCAGGGAGGCUGGGGGGGAGGGGGUGGAGGUGGCCAGGGGGCUCAGGGGGGAGGCCACUGGCCCGGAGGAGGUGGAGGAGGCGGCCACCAUAGUCAUCACCACCAGGGGGGCGCCAGCUCGCAGCAGCCCUGGGGUCACCCCAUGCUGGCUGGGGGCCCGCCACCCUGGAGCCUCCACCACCCUGGAGGAGGGAAUCAGAGAGGGAGCUCAGGAGGCGCAGGUGGGGUGAGGAACAGCCCGCAGGCUAUGAGGAGGACGUCAUCAGGGGGGAGGAAUGAACAGGGCAUGAGCAGGAGUGCCAGCAUCACCUCUCAGAUCUCCAACGGAUCCCACCUGUCAUACACCUAGAAACACACACACACACACACACACACGAGCGACACGAUAAUGGUCUUAAAGUCACAUUAUUGUGCACCAAGGUGACACUACACAGACACACAUCAUGCAUGCACCACACAUGCGUCACACACACACACGUUAUUUCCCACAGUACGUCUGACACGCACUGCACAGUACUGGGUUUCCCUCGACCCAGUUCCUCUCCCAUCACCACUGCACUCUUACAUCAGUGUACUGCUAGCAGCAGUCUGUGGAAACCCAAAAGUCUCCAGACUAAUCCAGGAUGGCUGAGGGCCAUAUACAGUAUGCCACAGUGCAAUAGUGUCAUUUUUACUGUAGCCUACAGCGCUAUUUUAUGUGUUUUGCCAUGUUAGUCUCUGUUGCCAUAGAGCCGAAGUAGUAUAUUCAUAUUAUCUACCAUGGAGUUUAUUAUCAAGAGAUUGUGUGCAGUAUGCUGUUUUAAACAGACGUGGGGUAAAUCUGAGGCUUUCAGAUGUUUCGGUAGCACAAUGAGGUGCAUUAUGGGAAGAUUUGCAUUCAGUGCAGUUUUAUAAAAUGUGGAAAAAUGUGUUUGAGAUUUAAGCACAGAAAUCUUACUGACAGAAGGUUUAAUGAGAUUAUUGUUGAUGUGCAGUUACAGACAGAUGAGAAGGUGGCAGGUGAUGUAGAGGCCUGACGUAAGAUUGAAGAAUAGUUUCAGAACAUGAAGGAACAUGAAAAGAGAUCGAAGGUUGUUGUAAGUGAGCACCAGUGGGUGUCUCUGGCUUUAUGGUAGUAGCACAGGGACACCCAAGGGUCAUUAAUGGCUAAAAGUAUGCAAUCUUUCAUUCCAGCCUGAGUGACUUAACUGAGAAGCUUAUCCUCUAGCAGAGAGGAAAUCUGUGCAGUGUUUUACUGGAAUGACUAGCUAGGAGUUAUUGUGUAUAGUGAGCAGGGCUGCAGAGAUGCCAAAGGUAAAGGGUGCAGAGUCAGAUUUGUCGUUAUAAUUAUCCAUGCCAACAUACUGUCAAUAUAUUCAAUGAGAUUGUGCCAGUGGAAGUUCAGGUUAAAACUACGCGGCCAAGUUAGAUGUCGCUGGAUUGGAGGAGAGAUGGGGAGUCAUUUCUCACGUACGCUUAGCCUCGUUUGCUCUGCUGUUGGGUUUCCACAGACCGCUGCCCUACUCUUCACUCCUGCCUGCUCAGUGGACGGCCAGUGUGAGGGAUACUGGAGCCUUAUUAGUCCACAGCCCUCACGACAGGGACGGGUUUUCAGCAGCACCUAACCUCUACUUGAACAGUAUUGAAACUAGUGGUCACUCCUCACUUGUUUGCAGUCAUGUUCCGGUCUAAUCUGGCACUGUGUCAGUCCGUGAAAGCGACGCACUACGCCAUUAAAAACAAAACGUUCUCUGACAAAUUGAACCAUGCCUGUUGGCCUACCUCAAGGGCACUCGAGCAGAGCUUCACCACAGGGUGUCAUGGUAUGACAACGACUUGCACUUUGGCACAGGCCUUCAAACACACUAAAUGUUAAUCAGAUUUACACACACACACACAUACAUGAUUGAUUUUUAUUCCCCAGUCAAACAGUAGGUCCUUGUGCACACAUGGUUGAUGAGUGCAUGUACAGUGGGUUGUGAAAAUGGAAUUGGGACAUAAAAAAUUAGAAGAACACAACAGCAUUUGUGUCAGGGCAACAAUAUCCAUCUCAGUGGCCUAUGUGUUUUUAGUUAAAAAAAAAACAAAAAACUCGAUGAACAUAGGGUGUGAGAGGAGUUUCUUCAGCACUCUGCUGGUUGGUGACUGCUGAAUGUUUCGUUGGAUGGAUGGGCGGUGAUGCUGUGAUCUCCGCUGCCAUGCCCCUGCAGCCUUCCCUGAUCUGACACCCCGCUCUGUCUCACCCCCAGUGACCCCCGACGUCAUGUUGUGACCACGACCUCCCUGAUCCCCCCCCCCAACUUUGUCUCCUCCCCUUCUGAGCCUGGUGUGACUUCACCCCAUCCCUGAUCUAUCUGGGAAGAGCUCUUUAAGUAAAGGAAAGGAAGAAAAAUAUAUAUAUAAAUGUAUUAUUAUAUAAAUCUAUAAAAAAAGGAUUAUAGAGAUAAAGGCGGGAGUCUUAUUGAGAAAUGCAGAGAUUAUGCAUUAUAUGAUUAUCAGAGGUGGAAUGUACAGGAAACCUGUUAAUAUUGUAUAUUUUGAAUUUGAAAAUAUGGAAAUCUAAUUGACAAAUCAAAGGCAAAUUAACUAGUUGUGAUGCGGACACAGUGACGUGGUUUUAGACCAGCGGUAUUCAAACGAACGUUCGAUUCACAGCCGCUGGGGUUUUCACUGUCUUACUUGCAGCUGCGAGUUCUGAAACUUGUUACAGAUAUUCUGUUGUGAAUGAUAACAACACAACUCUAGGUCAGAUUGCCUCGAGCAAAUGGCAACAUUUUUUGUUUAAUGCUGAAUGGAGAUGAUUUUGCACAUAAUUUGAAUCUAGUUAGGUGUAGCCUUUGCCUUAGCGACGGCUAUAUUUUACUGACAUUACGAUACCCAGUGUAGAAGAUUCAACCUAUUUAAGUUUUCUCAUUGUUUUUAGAAGACUUGGGCCUAAAUUUGAGGUUAUAAUAACAUAGAGAAAAGAGAGAAUUGUCUUUAAAGAAUUCAGAAAUAUUUGGCUGCAUAAACAAUACUUAGUGUACUCCACAACCACAACUCUUGCACAAGACAGUGAAAAUAUAUCUGAUCUCUACAAAGGGUUACUCUUAGGUGUUGUGGGGUCCACAAAUAUAAUUGGGACGUGCCCUCUUCUGUUGUGGUUACACACAAAGCAUUUUCACACUGCACUUAAGUAUUUGCCUUUUUUUAAAAUCUUGCCACCCUACACUCAGAAUUUAUAAUCCUGUUUUACUUGGCUCAGUUCUGAAAACAGAAAAAAAAAGCAGAAUGUGGUGGUUCCAGUUUUCUCUUCAGCCAGUAUGCCAUUGUACCCGACAUCUUUUACCAACCCCUUUUUCCAGUUCUGUAGUGUUUUAUUUCUUUUAAUGCCAGAGAGGGUCAUUUUAUUUCCCAGAUGAUGUCUGCACAGGGCCAAACGAGCAGCAGAUUUUUAGACCUCGUCUCUUGUGUUUACUAGAACUCCCAGGUGUUUUGCGAUGCAGUCGGGGCAGAGUCUAGCUUUAGACCUUGGUCACUCUGAACUGGAUCAGUUGCACUGAUUGCACAAGUGAUUGACCAGAUUAAAGAGUCUACUGUGAUGCCCCCCCUUCGGUGUCGCUGAGGGGCGGCUGCCAUUGGCUGAAAGUAGGCGGGAGGCAGGGUUACGUCUCUGUACAGUCUGUUUAUCAGUAUUCCCUUUAUCUCUCCUGUCAUUUGGUGGAUCUUGCUGUUUUAUUCUCCGUAGUCCAGAGACCUGUAUUAAACUGUAUUAAAUUGUAUAGAUUGUGCAAAAAGCUGAAUGUCGCAUAGCAGAAGAGAAAAGCUAUUCCUUACAGAUGACAAAGUGAUUUAAAAUGUAUAAAAGAAAUUGAGAAACAAAGUUUAGGGGAUAAAUGUAAUAUUUUGUUUGUAAUUACUAUUUUUUGUUGGAAGAGGGCUACUGGAUAAAGAAUCAUCUGUAAUAAAGUAAUUUUAAUAUUU